CACACUACUUCAAUCAACAUGUCAUCUGGAGGAUUCUGCCACAAGUGCGUCGAGCUCCCCGGUGAGCUCAAGGGCACGCCCAAGGGCUCCGUCAAGACUGUUGGCGGAAUCCAGUCGUACGUUAGCCAGCCUGGGUCGGCAAAGGGCAACAUCGUCCUCUUCACCGACAUCUUCGGUCUUGCUAUCCAAAACCCUCGCAUCAUCGCCGAUGAGCUGCAGAGCCAGACGGGCAUGACCGUCACUGUCCCUGACGUCUUCCUCGGCGAGCCCAUGAGCGUCAACGACUUUGUCGUCAACAAGUCCACGGACGAGCCCGCUCCCAGCGACGAGCAGAUGCAGAAGAACAUGGGCAAGCUCAUGGAGUGGGCAGGCAGCGGCCACUCGCCCAACGAGACGUACCCUCGCGCCAAGCAGGUCAUCGAGGCUCUUUCUGGCGAAGGCAAGGUUCAGGCUGUAGGCUUCUGCUACGGUGGAAAGCUCUGCUCCCGCGCCGCCCAAGACGGCAUCGUUUCAUCCGUCUCCAUCUACCACCCUGCCAUGCUCGAGGCCGAAGAGGCCAAGCAGGUCAAGGUCCCCGUUCUCCUCAACAUGGCCGACGGCGACUUUGCCUUCGACUCUGUCCAGGGAGACUGGGAAAAGACGCUCAAGGAGAAGAACCUCCUCGACUCGCGAUCCAAGCAGUACAAGAAGACGACGCACGGCUUUGGAUGCCGACCUCCCGUUGACAACGCAGAGGUGUACAAGGCUUACCAGGACGCUCUUGCCACCACGGCCAGCUUCUUCAAGGAGCACGCUUAA